CUGUAAGAUUCGUCGGGUUUGGAUUUAGAUACGUCAAAACAUGAAUGUCAAUGUUAGUGUUGUGUUUUGAUUAUUAGCACAGCUUAGUUAUCUGUACUUUGUACAAAAUAUUUGGAGUUGUUAGAUGUCAUGGAUCAAGAUCUGAAAUCAGACAAAAUGUUCUCCUUAAAAAAGUGGAAUGCUGUAGCUAUGUGGAGUUGGGACGUGGAGUGUGAUACCUGUGCUAUUUGCCGUGUUCAAGUCAUGGAUGCCUGCCUCCGCUGCCAGGCCGAGAGCAAGCAGGACACUAGGUAUGGCCGGCAGGACUGUGUGGUGGUGUGGGGAGAGUGUAACCACAGCUUCCACUAUUGCUGCAUGUCACUCUGGGUGAAGCAGAACAACCGCUGCCCUCUCUGUCAGCAGGAGUGGUCCAUCCAACGCAUGGGAAAGUAGCACAGACCGACAUUUGUGACGCGCUCUGUUGGUAUACAUUCAUUGGUGUAAAAUAUUGUAAUUGUUUUUGGAAAUAAAUGUGAUUUUUGCCUUCAAUA